AUGUCCAACGUGUCAGACUUCAGGAUUCUUGCCCUUUGUCCCUUCUUCCUCAAGACCGUGGGAGCCGGUGGGGGGCGUGGGAUGGUGGUGCCCAUGCCCGGGGGGAUGUUGUCCUCCCAGGCCCCUCUGUUCAUUUACACCAGUCUCUCACGACAAAGCGAAGAUGGACUGAGCCGCCGCUUCAUGGCCAGCAGCAGUAGCAGUAUGCUCAUGGCCUCCGCGGUGGUGGUGUGGGAAUGGCUGAACGAGCACGGACGCUGGCGGCCCUACAGCCCCACUGUCUCCCACCAAAUAGAGGCGGCCAUCCGGAGCAGCGACCCCCGCGGAGGAAGCGUGGUCCUGGGCCAAGUGGACAGCCGCCUGGCGCCCUACAUCAUAGACCUCCAGUCCAUGCACCAGUUCAGACAGGACACGGGGACCAUCCGCCCGGUGAGGAGGAGCUUCUAUGAGCCCUCGUCUGCCCCGGGGCAGGGCUGGCAGUGGGAGUGGGAGAACGACUCUGGGUCCUGGACGCCGUACGACAUGGAGGUGGCCAUCACCAUAGAAACGGCCCAUAGCCGUCAGCAGCCGUGCCUCGACCUCACGCCGCUCGGCUUCUGCUACCUCAUUGACUACGAGAACAUGACACAGGUGAACAGGCAGAGUCAGCGGUGUCGGAGGAUCAAGAGGAGAGCUGACCUGUCCUACCCUCUGGUCACAGGGCCCCUCCCCAAAGGCGGAAGCUCAGGGGGAGGCCUGACUGGAGCCCUGCUGGGUGUGGGGGUCUCUGGGGCGAGUAUGGGGGUGGGUAACUCGGUCUAUACUAAUGGAGGAGUCCCUCCGUCGAGCCUGGGGCAGCCCUGCUCCUGUCAGCAGUGCAUGCUGGUGUUGAGUGUGAAGUCCCACACUGGGGGCAUGGGGGGGGUACAGACGCUGGGCCGCCGCUCGCUCACCAUGCAGCGUGCUAAAGCCACAGCGCCCCCCGCAGGCCGCUCCCUGAGCCCAUCAAAAUCUGCCACUUUGGGACGAGGGCAGCUGCAGACGCAGAGCUACUACCAGACCCUCCCUCACGGUUUAGCGAUCUCCAGGAACAUUGCGUCCCCCAGGACCAACGCGCAGCUGUUUGCUCAGUCUCUGGCCGUGCUCACCGCCGGGACGUCCUCUCUGGGCAUCUCCUCGUCCACCAGGCCGCCGCCGCCAUCGCUCCCGCCCCCUCAGCCCCCCACAGCCAAUCAGAACCCCCCGUCCCUUCCGGCCAAACUCUCGCAGUCGUCGUCCUCGGACCCCGUCCCGACCGGCACUCUGAUCAGCCCCUCCAGCACCGUGACCACGCCCCCCUCGCCUGUGCCCUCCCCGUCCCCCCACGUUCUGAAGCCGCAGCGAACGGCGUCGUCCGUGGGGACCGUGUGCCACGCGCCGCUGCCGCAGAGGUCCAGUUUAGCCGGACUCAGCCGCCCGGCGCUUCAGCGGAUCGCUAUGGCGCAGUCCAGAGCGCUCAUCGCCUCAGGGUGA